AAGUAUUUCUCAUGGAUAACACCACCACCAAUGCCACCAUAUCGAAACUGCGCCAAGCCUUUAGCAGAUUCGGCUGUCCUGAGACAAUGGUCACUGACAAUGGCUCACAGUUUACUUCAGCAGCGUUUAAGGAGUUCUGCAAGCAAUGCGCCGUCCAGCACGUUCGCUCGCCGCCGUUUCACCCACAGUCGAAUGGCCAGGCAGAAAGAUUUGUCGACACAUUCAAGCGAGCCCUCCAAAAAUCAAAAGGGGAGGGAC